AUGGUGCGCACAAGAGCAAACCCGAAUGCCGAGGCUCAAGCUGAGGGAGUUGGUCGUGGUAACCCGGGAGGUGGUCGUGGCAAUCCAAGAGUUGGUCGUGGAGGUCAGCAAGGGAGAGGCCGUGGUAGGGGUCGUGGUGGCCGUGGUGAUGGCUUGGGGCAUGUUGAAAACCCUGAUUUGGCCACUAUCAUCUCUGAACAGUUGGCGACUUCAAUGCCUACUAUUAUCGAACAAGUGACUGCCGCAAUGGGUGUUGUUUCGAAUCAGAACCGAAGAGCACCUGAAGUUGAAGUUGAACCAGUAAGAGUUGGACCGCAACAAGUGAAUCCAGAACCAGAGAAUUUUGACCCCGAAGUGGAGUUUGUUGGGGAUGGUGUUUAUGUGGGCCCUGGACCCAGGAGGUUUCCCAGGAAUGAUGAGUAUGCAGUGGAAAGGAGAGGGUGUUGUUUCACUGAGUUCAAGAAGUGUGGUCCACCAGAUUAUAAUGGAAGAGGAGUGGCUGCUGUGUUUAUGAAAUGGUUGGAGAAGAUGGAAGCAGUCAUGGACAUAAGUGAAUGUGCAUCUCAUCAGAGAUUUAAGGAGAUGAUGAGGAACCGUUUUUGCCCGCUGAAUGAGAUGCAGAAGAUCGAGCAAGAAUUUUGGCACCACACCAUGGUAGGAUCUGGUCAUGCAGAGUAUACCAGCAAGUUCCAUGAGCUAGCUAGAUUGGUGCCUCAUUUGGUGACUUCCGAGUCUAAGUUGAUUGAGAGAUACAUCUAUGGCCUCAUUCCUCAGAUUCGUAACACUAUGACUGGCAUUCCUCCUUACUCGAUUGAAGAGGCCAUUCGAAGGACCAGUGCUAUGACUGAUAACCUGGUUAGAGCUGGAACACUGACUAAAUUUGGAGAGAAGAAGAGGGACUUUGGUGAACCCAGUAAGAGAAGGGAUUUCAGAGCUGACAAGAGAGUCAGAAUUGGAAAGGUGUUUGCAGCAGUUGAGUCAGGACAGAGGGCAUAUGUUGGGCAUUCUCCUCAAGAUUGCAGAGCAGCCAGAAUCCCCGCGGCACCACUGAAUGUCGCACCAAGAAACAUUAGAAAUCCUCCAAUUAAUCCAAGAGCUUGUUAUGAGUGUGGUAGCACUGAGCACUACCGCAAUGCUUGCCCAAGAAUUGUUAGGCGACCCGCCCCAGCCGCAGCCAAUCAGAAUCCUCUACAGAUUGCAGCACCAAAGCCACCAAGAGCUAACCAAGCCCAGCAGGCCAGGGGCCGAGUCUUUGCUUUGAAUGCUGUGGAAGCCGCUAACGAUCCAAACGUUGUCACGGACUUAGUCCCAUUUGAAAUGGGUAGCUCUGAUGUAAUAGUGGGGAUGGAUUGGUUAUCCCUGGUAGAUGCAACCAUUGUAUGUCGCGCGAAAAUUCUUAAGAUUCCCUUAAGCGGGGGAGACGUACUAGAAAUCCAAGGUGAACGACCCGAGUCUCACAAACAAAACCUAAUGAGCACAACAACUGGAGUAACCAGACUGGCCGAUAUCCCAAUAGUCCGUGAUUUUCCCGAUGUAUUUCCUGAUGAUGUUCAGGGAUUGCCUCCGUCUGGACAAGUUGAAUUCCGAAUCGAUCUCCUACCUAAUGCAACACCAGUAGCAAAGGCACCAUACCGUUUAGCUCCCUCUGAAAUGCAAGAACUCGCGACACAGUUACAAGAGUUAAAAGACAAGGGUUUCAUUCGACCAAGUUCUUCACCAUGGGGUGCACCAGUAUUAUUCGUUAAGAAGAAAGACGGAUCUUUUCGCAUGUGCAUCGAUUAUUGUGAGCUAAAUAAGUUAACCGUUAAGAAUCGAUAUCCUCUACAGCGCAUUGGUGAUUUAUUUGAUCAAUUGCAAGGCGCCAAGUACUUCUCUAAGAUCGAUCUUUGUUCAGGUUACCAUCAGUUAAAAGUCCGUGAAGAAGACGUACCAAAGACAGCGUUUAACACGAGAUAUGGACACUUUGAGUUUUUGGUGAUGCCAUUUGUAUUAACAUUUGUAUUAACAAAUGUGCCUGCUGUUUUCAUGGAUCUGAUGAAUCGCGUAUGCAAACCCUAUUUAGAUCAGUCCAUCAUUGUUUUCAUUGACGAUAUCCUUAUUUACUCGAAGACUAAGAAAGAGCAUGAAGUACACCUGAGAGAAGCCUUAGAACUUCUGAGAGAUGAAAAGUUGUACGGGAAGUUCUCGAAAUGUGAAUUUUGA